GCAUCUCUACUCCAGUUGUUUACUUUGUAGACUACAGCUGUCAUUGUGUUUUCCUGGAGGAGGUUUUGGACUCCGUAACAGUGCGAGACCACAUCACCACCUCCCAGCAGUCUGGCUCCUGUAAGGAGGAAGAGCUGCAGCGACUGGCUCAGCACAUAGGCCAGAUUUUAGCUAAAAUGCACGAUGAGGAUGUCAUCCACGGAGACCUGACCACCUCCAACAUGCUGCUGAGGCGCGGCCCGGAGGACACGCAGCCCGACCUCGUCCUCAUCGACUUCGGCCUGAGUUACAUCUCGGCUCUGCCGGAGGAUAAGGGCGUGGACCUGUUUGUUCUGGAGAAGGCCUUCCUCAGUACGCACCCCAACACAGAGCUGCUGUUUGACAAGCUGCUGAAGAGCUACAGCACCUCGUCCAAAAGGUCUGCGGCCGUCAUCACAAAGCUCGACGAGGUUCGGCUGAGAGGGAGGAAGAGGUCCAUGGUGGGAUGAGUAGACCCUCCUCUGAGAGACACAAAAACUGUAAUUACUGAGGCACAUUUUGAACAGUUUGUUGAUGUGUAAUAAAACAUCUAUAUGUAAAAGA